UAGCUAUACUAUACGGUGCCGUUUUACCAUCUCCUUCCCGACCCUAGAACCCUAACUUCCAUACCCUCCCCAGUUUUCACUUCGCAUGAUGCUUCUAAGAAAAAAACAGUCAGUCUUCUCCCUCCCUCCGUCUAUUGAAAAAUAGUUUGAUCUCUUUAUAAAUAAAUAAAUACUAGAGCUAAAAACAGUAAAUAAUGUUGGCCUUAUCGAGAGGCCUCAUUUCUCGUCUCCAUGGGAUACUGUCAGCCAAUUCAAGAACACCUCCAACAGCAACAACAAAGUUCUACCUCUUAAGAUGUUUCAGCGCUGAUGCUCUGAUCGAUGGGUCCCAGGUUGAGUGCCAUCAACAAAGCCGGAUCAUUGAAGCAAAACCGGGUGUAAUGACCCCGAAUUCAAAGCGAACCGGAGUGAUUGCGGUCAAAUGUGGAAUGACUGCUCUUUGGGAUAAAUGGGGUGCUAGGAUUCCUAUUACUGUCUUAUGGGUCGAUGAUAAUAUUGUCUCUCAAGUUAAAACUGUUGAAAAAGAAGGCUUCUUUGCUUUGCAGGUUGGUUGCGGGCAGAAGAAAGAGAAGCAUUUGACGAAGCCGGAAGUGGGUCAUUUUAGAGCUCAAGGUGUCCCCAUGAAGAGGAAAUUAAGGGAGUUUCCUGUUACUGAAAAUGCUCUUCUUCCUGUUGGUACUUGCAUUGGUGUUCGACAUUUUGUUCCUGGUCAAUUUGUUGAUGUCGCUGGAAUCACUAUGGGUAAAGGUUUUCAGGGUGGUAUGAAAAGGCAUGGAUUUAAAGGAGGGCCAGCAAGUCACGGUGCAUCCUUAUCGCAUCGAAGCAUUGGUUCUACUGGUCAGAGGGAUGCUCCUGGGAAGGUAUUUAAAGGCAAAAAGAUGCCUGGGCGCAUGGGUGGAGUUCAGAGAACGGUUAAAAAUGUUUGGGUCUACAAAAUAGAUCCUGCAAGGAACCUGAUGUGGGUGAAAGGCCAAGUCCCUGGAGCUGAAGGGAACUUUGUGUUCAUAAAAGAUUCUGUUUACAAGAAACCUGAUAUUCAGAUGCUUCCAUUCCCAACUUACUUUGGUGCAGAAGAUGAUGAUAAUGCAGAACCUCUAGUUGCUGAUCUUGGAGAAGUGGAUCCGUUUAUGGUUGCAGAUUAGUUGAUUGUUACAAAAGCAGGCUUUAUUGCCUUGCAGUCACCUUUUCGGCGAAAAUGCAUACUUAUGGUGGACUUACACUCUUAGCAAUCAAAUGAGGCUAUUAAACAGUUUUUUUUGGUCAAAGGACUGGAGGUGAAGGGAUUGUAAUUUUGUCAUUGAGUUCAUUUGACAUAUUGGAUUUUGAAAUCGGUUGAACACCUUUUUUUCUCUUCCGGUACAUGGGAAAGGUUUCCUCAAAUAAAUAUAGGAACUUGUGGAUGCCUAGCAUGUGACUUAGCAUGUGUUGUAAAAUUGUUGCUGUCACUGUUCGAAGCUGAUGCAUUUACAAUUAUGUUAAACUUGUUGGUUGAUUCAAUGUUAUUAUUAUGCAUAUGCUG